AUGAUGGACGACGGCAACGACAUGUCCGGGCAGGACCCCGGCACCCACCUCACGCUCGAACUGCGAGGCACCCGCUUCACCAUUGAACGCGAAACCAUGAUGAACUUGCCCGAGUCGGUGUUGCUCUGCCUCUUUCCCAACGGCCUCAUCCUCACUCGACAGCCUCGCGUCCCCUCUUUGCUCGACCAGGAAGGCGAAGACGACGAAGAGGAGCUUUACCUUGUCGAUUUCGACCCGCAGUGUCUCUCGUACGUCCUCAGCUUCUUCAAGACGGCUCAAGACGAGUUCUACGGCACCAACGAGCUUUCUGGAAAGUACAGACCAAGCUCUUCCUUCGGCAGCAAUUCAGCUCUGUACCAAUACGCGCAAGGCGAGGGCGCUGACCCUAAUGGCAUGAACCAAGGCGGCAUGUCACAGAUCCCCUUGAUGAACAAGCAACCCAUCAUUGUUUUGCGCGAAGAGCUCGAAUACUUUGCCAUUCCGCCCAAAAAGGCUGCUGCCAAAAUUGCUGGUGCUGCUGCGGUGGACCCCGAAGCCUUCGAAGGCACCGACCCCACCACCGGUCAUCCGACACCGGCUCUGUUCCGACUCAAAUACGCUUGCGGAGACGCUCUUCUCGAUCGCAGGCAGAUUUUCACCGCGUUGCAGCGAAACGUGAACAAGGAGAACAAUCUGGCCGAGCAGCACCUCAUCGACAUGCUGUGCAUGAGUGGCUUUGACCGCGAAGACACGUGGGGGUUCCGGGCGCUCGAGCCCAACCGCUGUUGCAUCACGUCCAUCGCGCUUGUCUUGCUCAAGACGGGCAUCACACAUGCGGGAGAGCUGGAAGCAGAGGGCAUCAACCCAGAGUCGCUAAGUACCGAGUAUCAUGAUCCUACCGGCCAGACGAGCAUGAUGAACAACAUCCGCAUCGACCAUCAGCAGUUUGCGACCGCGCAGAAGUUGCUCUUGUUCUGGCGCAAGCCAGCUAGAAAGUGCUGGUGGGACGGCAUUGAUAUCGUGCUGCCCGCGCCUCAAACCGCUUCCAAUGCAGAGACGGCGCAAAGCGUCUCCCCGGACGAUCUCAACGAUGCAAGCUUGACACCAAAGGAGCUCGAGCUUCUCAAGUCAGGCAAAGGAAGGAAAGUGCGUGUAUGGGCGCGCAGAGUGUGGACAUUAGAGCUCAGCUUGAUCUGA